CCCCUCCCCGCCCCCUCAGCCAAUAAGACGCGCCCCAGCGGCGCGCAGCCCCGGGAGCAGCCGCGCGGUGGUCCCGCUGAGGCUGCGCCAGUGCCCGCGCCGAGCGCCCGCCAGGCUCCCGGCGGGAUGGAACCCGGGCGGCGGCGGCGGCGGCACAGUUGCCGCCCGCCGGUCUCCGUCUUCCUGCGCGACCCGAACUCCGGGCGCGUCUACAGGCGCGGAAAGCUGAUCGGCAAGGGUGCCUUCAGCCGCUGCUACAAGCUGAUGGACAUGUCCACCAGCGCGGUGUUUGCCCUCAAGGUGGUGCCUCGUGGUGGGGGCGGGGCCGGGCGGCUCCGCACCCGGGGGAAGGUGGAACGUGAGAUCGCCCUGCACAGCCGCCUGCGACACCGAAACAUUGUAGCCUUCCACGGACACUUUGCUGACCGCGACCACGUGUACAUGGUGCUGGAGUACUGCAGCCACCAGUCACUGGCCCACGUUCUGGAGGCGCGGCAGACCCUGACGGAGCCCGAGGUGCGCUACUACCUGCGGGGCCUGGUCAGCGGCCUGUGCUACCUGCACCAGCGGCGCAUUGUGCACCGCGACCUGAAGCCCAGUAACUUCUUCCUGAACAAGAACAUGGUGCUAAAGAUUGGAGACCUGGGGCUGGCUGCCAGGGUGGGGCCGGGGGGCCGCUGCCACAGAGUGCUCUGCGGGACCCCAAACUUCCUGGCCCCGGAGGUCAUCUCCGGGAGUGGACACUCCUGCCAGUCAGACAUCUGGGCUCUCGGCUGCAUCAUGUACACAGCGCUGACCGGGGCCCCUCCCUUCACGGCGGCUCCCCUGUCGGAGAUGUACCAGAACAUCAGAGCCGGCCGCUACCCCGAGCCUGCCCACCUGUCCCCCAACGCGCGCCGCCUCAUCGCCCGCCUGCUGGCGCCCGACCCCGCGGAGCGGCCCAGCCUGGACCGCCUGUUGCGGGAUGACUUCUUCACACAGGGCUUCACCCCGGACCGGCUCCCGGCCCGCUCCUGCCACAGCCCACCCAUCUUUACCAUGCCCCAGCCUCUGCGCAGGCUCGUCCGGAAGGUGGGCCAGCUGCUGCUGGCCCAGUGCCGGCCCCCCUGCCCCUGCACUCCUAACGAGGCCUCGGAUUCAGGAGGAGGUGGUUCAGAUCCUGACUCCACGGAGUGGGGCGGUGAGGCCUCCCUGUUGGGCACAGAGGCUCCCCGCUCCACAGUCCCCGUCUACCUGCUCACCCACGGGACCCUCCGGAGUGACCCAGCCGGGCCCAAGGGGAGCCGGAGGCAGGAGGUAGAGGCGGCCAUCAGGAACUUGCUGCUCUGUCUGGAUCCCAGCCUCCCAGCCCCACAGGACCCCCCGGGAGGGCAGCAGCCGGUCCUCUGGGCCCCCACGUGGGUGGAUUAUUCCAGCAAGUACGGCUUCGGCUAUCAGCUGUCGGAUGGGGGCAGCGGUGUCCUGUUUCGGGACGGCACGCACAUGGCCCUGCGCCCCCCGGGGGACCGGGUCUGCUACACGUCCGCGCGGGGGAAGCUGGACACGUUCGCCCCGAGGGACGCGCCCAGCCCGCUGGGCGCCAAGCUGGCCGUCCUCCGGCUCUUGGCCCGAUACAUGCAGCAGCGGCUGCAGGAGGAGGAGGGCCGGCCCGUGCCCACCCCCCCGACGGCCCCCGGCCACUGCCUGCUGCGCUUCCUCGUGUCGGACCGGGCUUUGCUCCUGCUUUUCAGCGACGGGACACUGCAGGUGAGCUGCCUCGGAGACCAGGCUCACCUGGUCCUGAGCGGCCAGGGCCGGGAGCUGCGGCUCACGGUCCGGGAACGCGGCCAGCGCAGCACCACGCACGCCCUGGGCGCCCUGCGGAGCCCCAGCUGCGCCCCGGCCACCCGGCAGCGCCUUCUCCACGCUCUUCACAUGCUGCAGAGCGUCUAAGGCCGGGGCCCGGGCUCCGUUCAGGCUCUGGUUCCCCAGAGGGGUGUCCCUGGGGACAGCAUGGUGGUGGGGGGGGGGGGCCGGGGGGCUCGCUUUGUGUCAUGACUGUUCAACCCAGACUUUUGUGCGUCUUUGUCCUUUUUUUCAUUAAAGAAAAGUUGACUCCCUAGCCUGCCGUCCGCCUCUCUGGGGGCGUUAGAUGCCUCGUGGCCUGUAAGUGGAGGGGACAUUUAGACCAGCCUGCCCUGGGCUCAAUCCUCUUCCUGGCACAGAUCUCCGCCAACACAGAAACUCACACCAGAGCGGCUGUGCCAUGACCCGAGAGCUGAAAGCGUGUGACCUUUGCUCAGUGGCCGGGCAGGGAAGUCGGUGGCCCCUGCUCUGCAGGGAAGGCGUCUUGUGACAGCCAGGGGACAUGUGCUCCCAGGGCUGGCCGACGACUGAGAGCUACAUGCAGCCUAUUCUCACAGAGACACGAAUUCCAGAAAGGACUGGCCGGCCAACAAACAGCCCAGGGACGGCUGAGAUUUUGAGACUGGAGGCUUGGGGAGGCCGGCUGCUCCCUGACGCCGACUGCUGGGAGACUUUUUUUAUUUUUUUAAAGUUUUUAUUUAUUUUUGAGAGAGUGUGAGCAGGGCAGGGGCAGAGAGAGA